AUGGCUUCACACUCGCGCGACUCUUCCAACGCCAGUGCCCGUCACGCCCACGCACCUUCGACGCCCAGCCAGCUUCGCCAGGCCCAUGUGCCCUCGGACCGGUCCAGUUCUCCCGAGGAAGUCAUGCGUCCCCGCCCCUACUACGACGACGACGAGCCCCAUGCCUCGAGCAGCGCCGCUCCCCACGACCUCGACUUCUCCACUGAUGGCAUCCAGCCCACGACAGACACGACGUCCAUACACUCAACCCACGAGACUGUCGCUCCCCCAGGCGGCAUCAUCGAGAUCGACCUCGAGCCGACGGCGCGCACGCGGCUGCUGAACCACCAGAACUGGGACAACUCGAACCGGGCUGAUGCGAGGCCGUCGGCGCAUCGCAAUUAUGGCAGCUUCGCGGGCAGCAUCCACUCGGAGCAGAGCUUUGGUGGCUCCUUCCCGGGCAUACAAGAGACGGCAGAGGAUGGCGCACCAGACGAAGCACAUGCGCUGCUGGGUGACGCCUUUGCCGACGGUGUCCUGAACAAGAAGAACGGGCAGAAGAUGAGCACAACGCAGUGGCUCGCUGAGCGCCAUGGCAUCAAGGACAAGCGCAUGAUGUACCUCAAGUACUACAUUCCCGUCCUUAACUGGACGCAGCAGUACAAGUGGCGCUACUUCAAGGGCGACCUUAUCGCAGCCAUCACCAUGGCCUCGUUCUAUAUCCCCAUGUCGCUCUCGUACGCCUCCAACCUGGCCCACCUGCCGCCCGUCCAUGGCCUCUACAGCUUCGCCCUGAACCCCCUCAUAUACGCUGUCCUAGGUACCUGUCCGCAGAUGAUUGUCGGUCCCGAAGCGCCUGGCUCGCUUCUUAUCGGCGAAAUUGUGCGCGACAACAUUAAAAAGGGUACCACCCAUGACAACGACGGCAGGCGCAAUGCCGAGAUCGCUGGCAUCGUGACAUGCAUGGCCGGUGCCUUCAUCCUCGUCGCGGGUUUCUUCAGACUAGGCUUCCUGGACAACGUCUUGAGCCGGCCUUUCUUGCGAGGAUUCAUCAGCGCCAUUGGUGUUGUGAUUUUUAUAGAUCAGCUCAUUCCCCAGAUGGGGCUCGCAAGACUGGCUGCCGAUCAGGUAUCCCAUGGCAGCUGUCUGGACAAGGUCGUCUUCCUCUUCCGCAACGUUGGUCGCGCCCAUGGACUCACAUGUGCCAUGUCCUUUACUGCUUUUUUCAUCAUCAUGUUCUUCAGGCAAGUUCCAAAAGAGUUCAAGAAGCGAUUGCAGCCAAGAUACCCUAACGUUGCUUUUAUUCCCGACCGAUUUGUAGUUGUCGUACUGUCUGCUGUGCUUACCUGGCGAUAUCGUCUGGACCAACAGGGGCUCGCCGUUCUUGGAGACGUCAACUCUAGCGCCAAGAUAUUCUCCAUCCACUUCCCCUUUGAGACGUCGCAUCUCAAGUAUGUGUCAGAUGCCAUCAACACCGCAUUGAUCAUUGCUAUGCUUGGUUUCUUCGAGUCCUCAGUUGCAGCCAAGUCUUUGGGCGCCGGUGACGUAAACAAGGAUGGCGUUCAGAUGCCACUCAGCGCGAACCGCGAGCUCAUCGCACUGGGAACCGCAAACAUCACUGGUGGACUGUUCAUGGCACUUCCAGCUUUCGGCGGCUACGGUCGUUCCAAGGUCAACGCAUCCACCGGUGGUUUGACCCCCAUGAGCUCAGUGCUGCUAUCCAUCAUCACUAUUCUGUGUACUGUCUUCAUGCUACCGUAUUUCUACUACCUACCCAAAGGCGUUCUUUGCGCCAUGGUCUCGGUUGUAGCAUAUUCACUUGUCGAAGAAGCACCACACGAUGUCAAAUUCUUCCUAAAGAUUCGUGGCUGGUCAGAGCUCAUCCUCAUGGGUCUCAUCUUCGUCAUCACUAUCGUAUGGGAUCUUAAGCGCGGUAUCGGAGUUGGUAUUGGUCUUUCCCUCCUACGCUUAAUACGUCAUUCAGUUCGUCCCCGCAUUCAAAUCUUGGGCCGUGUGCCAGGAACCACGAACCAAUUUUCCAACGCCGAGCAUCAUGCGGGAGAUGUUGAGUUCAUCGAAGGGUGUCUGAUUGUCAAGAUACCUGAACCUUUGACUUUUGCCAACACAGGAAACUUAAAGACUCGUCUGCGCCGCCUAGAGGAUCACGGCACCAACAAGGCACAUCCUGCUCUUCCGCGCGUUCGUCGUGCAGAGCACAACAAGAAUAUCAUCUUCGAUGUACAUGGCGUCACGUCGCUUGACGGCGCCGGAGCUCAGGUCCUUGCUGAGAUUGUAGAGUCUUACAGAAAGCGGGGAGUCAGAGUCUUCUUUUGCAGAGUGCCAAACGAGUCAAGUCCAGUCUACGAGCUGUUCGACAAGAGCGGCAUUAUUGACAUGUGCGGCGGCCCAAGACACUUUCUACAGAGUGUCGAGGAGGCGCUUCGCAUGACGGAACUGGAGCGAUUGACUGAGGAGUUUGGAAGCUCCGCGGAAGGAUCAAGGGCUACAUCCAGCCGAGCUUAG